GUUAGUUCAACAAACAUGCGUUAUUGAUAAAAUAUUGCACUAUUAUUUUCUUAAUCUAGGCAAUACUUAUAACUGAUAUGCAGGUACAUCUUCUAUGUAUGACUAUCAUAUAAAAGCAUUGAACGUUUAUCUUUAAAUCAAGAAAGUGGUUACAAUGAGUUGCUGUAAGAUUGCCAUAAUGCUGGCUGUGGCCACUUUAUAUUUGACAUCGGCCUCUGCAGAUGAGAACCCUCGCGAAAGUCGAGGGUUCUUCAGUCUGUUUCCUUCGAUAGUCGCGUGCAACUUCACUGAACAGAGUGGCAGCACUUGUCUCAGCUGCAACCAAUCCCUCUACUGCUUCCAGAACAACGUCUGCCUCCUUUGGAACUGCGGCGGUCUUCUUCCCAACUGUCAUGAGGGUCACUGUUCCACCAUCAGACCAGACAAUUGCACCAGUUCGUAACAACGCAAUAAUAUGAUCUCUACAUUUUCCAACACUUAAACGGAUGCAAAGAAUUUUACGUUCCAAUUUUAAAUUCUUGAAAUGAAUUAUUUAGUUAUUUUUUCGGCUGGAUAUAAAAAUAAGUGAUA